UCGCGGUGUUCCGCCUUGGUUCUCUCUCUGAACAGUCUGGCGGGAGCGGGACGGAGAGGUUCCUCCGUUAUUUGCGGCUAAAUGGCGCUGAGCGACACUCAGGGACUAAACAAGCUCUUAGCGACUCUCGGCUGAGUCCAUUUGUCGAAGUCAAGAGAGACGGAGGCCAGGACGGCGACGUCGCGCAGCCCUCUCAGCAGCAGCAGCAGCAGCAGGUAGCUGUUAGCUGUUAGCUAACUUAGUCCAGGAGCGCCACCAUGGCCAAGGUGCAGGUGCUGAACGUGGCCGUGCUGGACAACCCAAGUCACUUCGGCAACCCGUUCCAGUUCGAGAUCACUUUCGAGUGCAUGGAGGAUCUCCCCGAAGACUUGGAGUGGAAGAUCAUCUACGUGGGCUCGGCGGAGAGCGAGGAGUAUGACCAGACCCUGGACUCGGUUCUGGUGGGCCCCGUACCGGCCGGGAGGCAUAUGUUUGUGUUCCAGGCUGAUGCCCCAGACACACACUUGAUCCCAGAGACGGAUGCGGUGGGCGUGACUGUGGUCUUGAUCACAUGCACGUACCGUGGACAGGAGUUCAUCCGCAUCGGCUACUACGUGAACAACGAGUACACGGACCCAGAGCUGCGUGAGAAUCCGCCCCUCAAACCAGACUAUUCGCAGCUUCAAAGAAACAUUCUGGCCUCCAACCCAAGAGUGACACGCUUUCACAUCAACUGGGAGGGCUGCACGGAGAAGAUGGAGGACUCAGAAAACGUGGAUCCUGCCCCCAAUGCUGUGGUGGCUCCACCCUGCCCGGCUGGCAAAGCCCCGAUCCUCGGCUUCCUUCCCGAGAACUCCAUGGAUUGUCUGUAGAAACGGAUCAGAGAGUGUACCAUACAAACUUAUGCACUUAGUGUAGCUGGCAAAGGAACUGUCCUGUCAUUGAACAUCUUUGACACACACACACACACCAUAGCCUUACAGCACUUACCACUGCUCUUACUGUUGGUAUUUCCAUAAGUUGGGCCUCCGUACCUCCAGGGGGCACCAUGUCCCAGACUGCAAAACAUCUCAUUUGGACAAACCUGCCUGGUACCUGAUGGGAACUUUGCGUUCUUUGCAUUGCCUCAUGUUUUUGAAUCCUCUUUUGAUAUGAAAACUGCAGUGUUUCUGGGGAGAGCCCAUGGGAAUGGAGAAGGGCAAUCAUGGUGCUCUGAUGCCUCUGCUAAGCCUGUAGGGACUGUAUAUAUUUUUUGUGAUUUUUUCUUUUGAGAAUAAAGUUUUUUUCUUUUUGUAGCUAUUUGUCUUGUUGCGGUUAUUCUGUUUUCCGCGUAGGGGGUCGCGAGGAUAGGUGUUGCUUGUCGUU